CCGAAAGCAGCCUCGACCUCGACUAACACGCUACCCCACCACCCGUCCAUCGUUUGCAAAGGUUGCAGGAGUGUGCUGGCAGUGAACGCGUGGUGCAGCGGACCACUCUCGACAACAUGGUGAAGGUCCAGAAGUCAACUAGGAGGAAGAACGCUCACUGUCUCCGCAGACUGGAGACUGCUGCUCAGAUGGAGGAAGGCCGGCUCCAGUCAGGCACCCAGCAUCCAGCACGGGAGGAGCCCCGAGGAGGAGACCAGUCCUCUGAUCAAGCCCAGCUCCAGACCUCUGCUUCAGAGAACUUUGACCUGAAUGAGACGCCGAUGGAAGGCCAGGAGAAGGGGGACACUGCGGCCCAGCUCCAGGCCAAGCCUCUCUGGAAGCCCAUUCCCCCUCUAAUGCCUGAGUCGCAGAGGGGCGGUCACACUAGGACCAGGGACCAGACCUGCCAGACUGAUCAGAUCAGCCACGGUCAUAACACAGGUCUCUGUGUGGAGCCCGGAGAUCCUCCUCUGCUCCAGCAGCCUCUACAGACCUCCAAAUCUGGGAUUCAGCAGAUAAUUGAAUGCUUCCGCUCAGGCACCAGCCAGCUGAAACACAUGCUGCUGAAGGAGGUGGACACCAUCUUUGAGUGUAAACUGUGUCGCAGUCUGUUCAGAGGCCUGCCCAACCUCAUCACACAUAAAGAGUACUACUGCCUAUCACAGCUUCCUGAACCCGACGGUUCAUCGGGUGAGGACAAACAGAGUUUAGCCAUGAAGGAUUUAUUGGAGGCCAUAUAUCCCAGCACCCCAGAAGUAGUGGUCCGACUGGAGCCCAUUGAGACCACUACCAAGGCCGUGUUCCAGUACCUAUCCACAGAAGAUGAGCUGGCUAGGUUUCCAUCGCACACACCCAGUGCCAGAGAGAGUCCGGUAGCAUGGGAAGGAGAAUCAGUGGAGGGUGCGGACAACAACCAGCCGAGCCAGCCAGGAGGGCCAGAGAGCCACAGCAGCCCGGGACCCAAUCAGGGACAGAAGAGAUGGGAGUCCGAGGAGGAGCCUAAAGUGGAGCCGCCACAGCCCGAGGACGAGGGGUCCACUAGUGGGGUUGAGGAUGUGAUAAUCUCCUGUUGUCUGUGCGGUCAGGACUUUAACUCCCGCCGCAGCAUCAGACGUCACUGCCGCAAAAUGCACCAGACCAAACUGGAAGAGCUCCGGAAGUUCACAGAGACCCGCACGGUUCCCACCAGCCUGCUCUCUAUGGUGAAAGGUCGGCCGAGGACUCUCAGCACACCCACCGGAAAAUCCUGCCCAGUGUGUCUCAAAUCCUUCGCCACCAAAGCCAACGUACGUCGUCAUUUUGACGAGGUGCACCGCGGCCUACGGAGGGACACCAUCACAACCAGCAUUGCCUCGCGACCUGGCCAGCCCUUCUCUCUGGAGGUCAACCCCCCCAAGAAGAGCAACAAUUCUUCUCCAACACGUGGCAGCAGCUCCAAGUCCACCCCCGUGAACUCUAAAACACCCCCUGUGAACCAAAACCAGCCCAAACCUCCGAGUCAGCCUCCCGCCUCUCCACAGGUGACCCCGGCCUCAAGUCGCUGCACACUCUGCAAGAGGAACUACAGCUCUCAGCUCAUGUUGAAGAGGCACAUGCGUAUCGUCCACAAAAUAUACAGCGGCAAAGGUAAGAAGUCUGCGACCGCGCCGCCCUCCAUAACCCCGGCAGCCAUAACCCCGGCAGCCACAACCCCGGCAGCCACUCCAAGCAGUAGCAGCACCAACUCAGGCCCAAGCAACAAUAUCCGAGUGAAAGUGGAGAAAGUGGAACCUUCAGAUGACGAGGAGGAGGCGGUCGACAGUAGUGCGGCCCCGUCCCCUAGCGAAAGCACCGUGACAGCUAAAGUUGUUCCUGUCCCACAAACCGCCCCGAAGGUGAAAGUAGAGGAGGCCCCGUCGGCCACAAAGACGACGGCGUCCUUACAUUCAUCGUCCUCGCGCGGCGGCAACACGUGCAGCGGAAAAACGACCAAACUGUCGGUGGGCUUUGACUUCAAGCAGCUCUUCUGCAAACUGUGCAAGCGGCAGUUCAGCUCGCGUCAGAACCUAACGAAGCACAUAGAGCUGCACACGGACGGCAACGACAUCUUCAUCAAGUUCUACCGCUGCCCUCUCUGUCGCUACGAGUCGCGCCGCAAACGUGACGUCCUGCGUCACGUGACAGUGGUCCACAAGAAGUCCUCCUCCUACCUCGGCAAGAUCAUGCCCAAACUGGAGAACAGGGCGGUGAAGAGGUUGGCCGAGGCCGUCCUCAACAGCCCGACCCCCAGCAAGAGGACGAGCAUCAAAGAGGAAGUGAACGGACGCCACGCCUCCUCGACGUCCUCCUCCUCCUCCCCUCCACCUCCCGUCACUUGCAAGCAAGAGUGCACAACAGCGGCCCCGAUCACCUCGUCGGCCUCCUCCUCUUCCUCCUCCUCCUCCUCCUCCACCCUGCUUCCCGCCCCUGUCACUCGGAAACAGCAGGAGCUCUCAUCGCCGGCGUUCGCCCCGUCCCCUCCUGUCACCCGCAAGCAGGAGAGGGAGCAGACCCACCAGCCUCGUCCCAUCAGCCCCCCACUGACCCGCCGCAGCGAGAAACACACACACCAACAACACAACUCCUCCUCCAGCAUCUCGCCCAGCAACCAAACCCCGAACACCCGGCGGCACGAGGCCCAGUCGGAGUGCAGCGGCACCGGGUCGUCGUCGUCCUCCAGUGAAGUCAGAGUGACCAAGAACUUCUCCCUCCACGCCUGUGACCAGUGCGGACGGGCCUUUGCCAAGAAGCUCUACCUGGAGUCUCACAAGCGGAGUCAUCGUAACGCAGCGACGGCAGCAGCCAGCCGGAGGAAAGGAGUCAGCACCCGCUCCAAAUCGCUGGUCUGGUGAAACACACGCACACUUCAGCUGGGGAUAAUGGACCAGCGAGCCUCUAACAAUGAAGAAGAGGAAGAAAAUAAUGGAGGAAUGGAACGAGCACAGAGCACUGAGAUGAAGGAAACAAGCAAAUGGAGUACGAUACAGGAGAGAAGUACAAAGGAUUUCCACCUUUUGCUUAAGAGCCAAAUACAUGUGUUGGAAUCUGACAUUUUUUUUUGUAUAGUUUCAUUUUGAAGCCAGCCAGCUUGCUGAACGCUGGCGCUGCUAUCCACAGAGAGACCGUUGCUCAUGGAAGACUCACUGCUACUGUAUACAGUAUAUUUACUUACAACGGCAUGUAUAUAGAUCCAAAGGCAGAUGGCUGAUUUGUACCGCUUUGCUCUCAGUAGCAAAGGGAUGAAGGUAGAAUGCGUGUGUGAGAGUGAGUGUGGGAACCAGAACUGGAUCGUGACCUCCACAGAAAAUACUCUGGAAACGUAAUUGUUGAAUUUUUUUUUCCAGUUUUUUUGGUGGAGAGAAUUUGAUUUGAUUGGACCCGUGCAGUUCCAAACAGAUACACAAAACACAAGUGGGUCCUUGGCUACAAGCAUUUUAUCACUUUUCUGUAUAUUCACAACUUAUGUAGUGUUUUUUGGGUGUUUUACGGAUAUAUUCAAGAACACUUGCUCGACAUAAUAACUGCUCAACAGAUAAUAUAUUUUCCCUUCCCCUUCAUUUCCCUGACAGUUUCCCACUGACAGAGAAACUGUUAUCGCCGUCUUUCCACCAACGAGUCUUCAGAAGGCUAGUUGUUCACCUUAGAGUUGAACAAUGACCUUCAUCUUCUCAUAUAAAUGUUUCUCUGAGAAGCAAACAGAUCAGAAAGUCCAGUUAUAAUAUCCCUCAUGCCAGCAGCCAAUAGUCUGAUUUAGUUAUAUCCGCUAGGAAAUGACCAACUGCAACUGUUUUGGAGUUGUGAGGUAACGGAAAACCCCAAAGUGUAAUUUUCAGUUUUCCUUAAAAAAUUGUGUGUGCUUAAAAAAAAGCUCCUCUGUUCAGAGGUCGAUUCACUGCUUAGUUCUGCCUUUUUUUUUUUAUUUGACUGCAUGCAGAAAUCAUUUGUUACGGGUGUUUCCUUCACUUUGACCGUAUCCGUAUCUUUUAUCUCCAAAUAUUAGCCGACUUCUUAGUCCCAGUAAUAGUGCGGUUGUCAGAGAACCGUCAGGCUGUGUGAAGCAAGGCUUCAAUAAGGCAUGAGUUUGUGAACUGAGGCUGAUAUGUUCUAAAAUAAGACAACAGCUUAGAAGGGGAAAAAAGGGACACCUUCACUCACAGAAUGAUUAAAAAAAACACCACCAGAAAUGGCAUUAAGUCUGACUGUAUGAAACAAACAAAGCAAUACACUUAUGAUUUAACAUUUUUACAAAUGCUCAAUAGAUGAAACCACAUCAAUUUUCUUCAAAAUAUGAAUUAUUUUUAAUAUAACAGCUCAGAUUGACUGUCUAAGGUGUACUACCACAGGCAAAACAUUUAAACUAUCAAAUUAACACCAGUAUUACCCCCAACAUUCAUUUGAAAUGACUUGUGUUAAUGUGUGAGAAUCUAAUUUGCAGUGAGCAGGAAAGAUGGGACUGCACAUUUUAUUAAGGAGUAAUGUGUGUCUGAAUGCUUUUUUUAUUUAUUUUUUUGCAGUCAGUUUGCCUUCGGUGUUGCAAUAACAGCCACACUGCGUUAGACAUUGGAAACCAUUAACUGGAAGUAUUUGUUUUCUUGUGUUCAAUGAAAUAUCCACCAGUCAUCUUGCUUGUCACGAAGCAGAAAGCUGACCCGAGAUGAUUUGUCGUCAUGUCUCAGCUGUAGUGCCUAAGCAGCAGAUGGGACCGGUUUGGGAAUCUACAGUGUGUGGUGCUAAUCCUCCUUAUUUACAAAGGGCCAAAAUGCAGAGAGCUGUAAACACGAGGGGCAGAUUAGAAACCUAAAUGCCCCUGGUAAGCCGAACAGUUCCGUACACAAAACGUAAAAGUUUACAUUAAACUUUUUGUUCCAUUUACAACAUUGUACUCAAACUUAAGGGGGCUGCAUUUGUUUAAUGGCAGCAACGGGUACCCCGAGGUAGUCUUUGAAACACUGGCACAGGCGUUGGGAGAAAAAGUGAUUGAGGAAGACCAAAUGUAGAUAUAUGUCUUAAUGUUCUAAAAAGAAAGCCAUGAAAUGGAACAAAAACCAGAAGAAAAAAAAAGGCCAAGACCAAACUUUAUUUUUUAUAAGUGAAAACACUACUGCGACAAGGUCUUGAGAACAUGUAUAUAUGAUUCAUCCUACACGGAUGCUAUAAAUAAUAGUUAUAAUAGUCACAAUAGUUAUCGACUCGUACUUAACUGUUGGUUGACCAUAUGCUUCAAACAUAUCCGACUAGUUAAUAAUCCGCCACUGUUGAAUACUGAGGCUAGUUUGCGUUGUUCCACAAUUAGUUGUCUUUGUUUGUAUCUCAUUCCUUUUUUGAAGGUUUUUUUGUUGGAAUGUGUCAAGAAGAGAGGAGGAAUUAAAACCUCAACAGACAUUUUAUUUUGUUUAAAAUCUUGUCAUUUCUUUCCUCAUCAGCUGUAAUAUGUUAUUAUGCUCACCUUCUAGAGAACUUGAGAAGAGUUAGAGAUGCCUUUCAGAUGUGACAAGAAUGUUAAAACCAACCACUUAAUGAAUAAAUAUGUACUGCU